CUACUCUACUCCAUCUCUACUGAGCUCAGUCUGACUCUGUGGAGGCGUGUGGAGCUGCAGGGACUUCCAAGCUGGACUAAAAGUGUGGAUACAUACAUAUUUAUGUUAUAAAUCUUCUGGAGGAAAAGAAAAAACUAUUGUGCAGCUGGACGAGCGUCAGGUAUGAAGAGCCAGACUGUGGUUGUGUGUGUGGCUCUACUGGCCCUGUGCUGCCUGCUCAUACCCAGAGGAGGAGAGAGCGCCGGGGGAAUCCUGUCUCUGCAGCAGGCUGAGAGCAGCCGGCAGCUGGAGGACGAGCUGCCGGAGCCCGACCGCUCGCUGGAGGAUCCAGAGAGCGAGCGAGGACUUGCAGGAGACCCACGUCCACUGGAGAUCAACAUCAUCAGGGCCAGGAGAGACACAGAGGCGGCUGUGAGUGCAGGUCAUGUGGGCAGAGUGAGGAGAGAACCAGAGGAAGGCAAGAAGAAGAAGAAGGACAAGAAGAAAAAUAAGAACAAAGAACCAAAGGACCCCAGCGCCACCAAGAAGCCAAAAACUGACAAGAAGGGAAAGAAGAAGGACAAGAAGAAAACCACAACUCUACCACCAACCACAACAGUGAUCCCGACUGAACCGCCCACUGAACCGGAGGCGUACACAGAUUACCCGUACCUCGAUCCCGACCAGGAUUACUGGAAACCGGACGAUGACUACUGGGAGGCUGAGCCCACAGCGUCCAGGCCUCAGCCCGAGAGUCCCAUCACGGAUUCUCCAUACGACUACUGGCAGCCAGAGGAGCCAGAGCCAGCUGCUCCUGUAACAGAUCCCUACGAUGACGACUGGAAACCAGACGGGAAAGAGCCGUCCACACCAACACCUGACAUCUACGACGACUACUGGAAACCAGACGGGAAAGAACCGUCCACUCCAAUACCCGACAUCUACGACGACUACUGGAAACCAGACGGGAAAGAACCGUCCAACACCGACAUCUACGACGACUACUGGAAACCAGACGGGAAAGAGCCGUCCACCCCAAUACCCGACAUCUACGACGACUACUGGAAACCAGAUGAAACGGGACCAGACACCACUGUGGUCGAUAACUAUGACAACUGGAAAGAGGAGGACCCAACAGAUCCUGCCCCUGAAGUUGACGUGAAGGUCGGGACAGAUGACACCGAUUACUGGGACGCCAAAUACGAGCAUCCGUUCCCUGACGGCAAAGAGGUCGGCCCCGACAUUACCAUCGAGACUCUACCAGAGGAGCCAACGGCCACUCCUCCGUUCGAAGGGGCGUGGUACGACGAUUACGAUGAAUAUGGAAUGAGGAAAAAAGACGACGAGACGGACGAAAAAUGGGUGGAGAGAGAGCGGGAGAGAGGGAAGAAGGAGCGGGAGAGGGAAGAGAGGGAGAGAGCACGGAAGCUGAAGGAAGCCGAGGAGCGCGCCAGGACCAGACCACGUGUCUACAAAGAGCCAAAGAAAUGUCCUCCUCUGGGAAUGGAGUCGCACAGGAUCGAGCCAGACCAGCUUUCAGCCUCGUCCAUGGCUCAGUAUCACUUUGCUCCUCAGAGGGCUCGUCUCAACAUGCAGGGCUCCGACGACGAGGAAGACAUGAGAGGCGGAGCCUGGUGUGCAAACUCCGAGGACAAAAUCCACUGGUUUGAGAUCGACGCUCGCAGAGAGACGGAGUUCACUGGAGUCAUCACACAGGGCCGAGAAUCCUUCAACGAGAGCGACUACGUCACAUCCUACUUCUUGGCGUUCAGCAACGACAGCCGAGAAUGGACCACCAUCCACGACGGAUACGCAGACUGGUUGUUCUUUGGAAAUAACGACAAGGACACUCCCGUGAUGAACCAGCUGGCGGAGUCUGUGCUGGCCCGUUACAUACGGAUCAUCCCUCAGAGCUGGAACGGCUCGCUGUGCAUGAGGCUGGAGGUCCUGGGCUGCCCACUGCCUGAUCCAAAUGAUGCCAAGUACAGGCUAAAUGAAGUGACUCCAGUGGAUUACUUACAAUUCAAGCACCACAGCUACUCUGAGAUGAUCACACUCAUGAAGUCGGUGAAUGAAGAGUGUCCCAACAUCACCAACAUCUACAGCCUGGGACGCAGCUCCAAGGGUCAGGAAAUCAUGGCCAUCGUCAUCUCUGGCAACCCCACAGAGCACGAAAUAGGCGAGCCGGAAUUCCGCUUCACGGCGGGUCUCCACGGGAACGAGGCGAUCGGUCGGGAGAUGCUUCUGCUUCUCAUGCAGUACCUGUGCAAAGAGUACAAGGACCGGAAUCCCAGAGUCCAGCGACUGGUGGAGGGAAUCCGCAUCCACCUCGUGCCCUCCCUCAACCCUGAUGGACAAACGGAGGCCUUCGAAGCGGGAUCGGAGCUGAGCAGCUGGACCACUGGACACUUUACAGACGACGGCUUUGACAUCUUCCAGAACUUCCCCGACCUCAACAGCGUCCUGUGGGACGCUGAGGAUAAGGGCAUGGUCCCCAAACUCACCCCCAACCAUCACGUACCCAUACCAGAACACUAUGAGAGCAACAGCUCGAUUGCCGUGGAAACCAGGGCUGUAAUCUCCUGGAUGAAAAGCCAUCCAUUUGUGUUGGGUGCGAACUUCCAGGGCGGGGAGACAAUUGUGGCCUAUCCUUAUGACAGCUUACGUCCCAACAAACCUGCAAGGAGCCAGGAAGCCCGCAGUCGCAAGAAGAGACAGUAUGAGGACGAGGGAUUUGAUGCGACAGAGUGGGGGCAGGGUUACCAUGAGGAGCCAGAGGAGGACUGGAGAGGCAGGGGGUACUCGGAGCCAGAGGAGGAGUGGAGGGGUCACGGCCACGACCCCGGUUACGAGCACGGCUACGACCGAGGGUACGAGCACGGCUACGACCGCAGUUACGACCGCGGUCAUGAAGGUUACGACCGCGGUCACGAAAGUUACGGCCACGAUCGCACAGGUUACGACCACGGUCACAACGCAGGGUACGACCAAGGUCACAACGCAGGGUACGACCACGGUCACAACGCAGGGUACGACCACGGUCACAACGCAGGGUACGGCCACAGAGAGGAAGAGGAGGACGACAGAGGAAGAAGCGCGGGUUACCAGUACGCCGAGCCUGAGGAUGAACCUCGGGUGAUUGCGGACGAGUCUCUCUUCAGGUGGCUGGCCGUCUCCUACGCCUCCACACACCUGACCAUGACGCACAGCUACCACGGCUCCUGCCACGGAGACACGGCCGCGGGGACGCACGGCAUCGUGAACCGGGCCAAGUGGAAGCCAGUGACGGGCAGUAUGAACGACUUCAGCUACCUGCACACCAACUGUUUAGAGUUAUCCAUAUUCCUGGGCUGCGACAAGUUCCCUCAUCAGAGUGAGCUGGCGUAUGAAUGGGAGAAAAACAGAGAGGCCAUGCUCAUCUUCAUGGAGCAGGUACAUCGUGGCAUCAGGGGCAUCGUCAAGGACCAGCAGGGGAACGCCAUCGCAAACGCCACCGUGUCCGUGGAGGGCGUCAACCAUGACGUCACCACAGCUCCGACAGGCGACUACUGGAGGCUCCUGAACCCGGGCGAGUAUCGCGUGACGGCUAGGGCCGAGGGUUUCUCCUCGGUGACUAAGCUCUGCGUGGUGGGUUACCAGUCAGGAGCGACCACCUGCAGCUUCAACCUGGCCAAGUCCAACUGGGACCGUAUUAAGCAGAUCAUGGCCCUGCACGGCAACAAACCCAUUCGACUCAGCUACAGUAACAACAGAGUUCACUAUCCCGCCACUGGAAACGGCAACAGGCGCGUGGUCGUCAACAACAACAACGCACUGUCACCGAACUCGCGGGUCGGCGCAGAGAGACGGCGGCGUCUCAGGAUAGCCCGACUCCGUCGCCUCCGUCAGCAGAAGUUAAUGAAGCAAAGACUGACCACGACAGCGUUGCCCCCGACGACAACAACAACAACAGCCGCACCCACAACAGUGCCCACGACGGCAGAGGCCACCACAUCCUGGUACGACUCGUGGCUCAUAGACGAGGGACAGUCCUCGACGCCCGGCGGCUUCACAGACUCCAUUCUGGAUUACAACUACGAGUUUAAGAUCGAUGACUAUUAAAGCAAACACAGACGACCGCUUCCUGUAAACCGACGUUUACUUGCAGUUCUUAUCGUCUUAUUGUACUUUAAACACAGGUUAUCGAAGAAUCGAGAGAGAAAUCCUGUCUUUGUAGGACAUUGUUUGUAUAAAAAAAUACUGUAUCUAUUGAAACAAUGCAACGUAGAUCCUGAUCAUUAACGGUUUCAUUUUUCACACAGAAUUUUCCUGACGCAAUAUUCAGUUUUUGGUUGUCGUUUUUUUAAUAAAAGAGUGUUUAUUGUGGACGCACAUUAAAGAAGGUAAGAGUGGGAUUAUUUAGACUGUUUUAACAGUGAUGAACAGUCGCUGAGGGUAACAGAGUUAUUUUUCAAAUAAAGGCUUGUUGGUACAAAA